GUUUACGGCAGAGCGAUUAAAGUAUUCGGCUCGUGGAACCAACGCUAUUUUGGCGCCAUACAUUCUGUACACAUUUCUAAAACAAUUAAGCCAAUAGUAGUGACAGUAUUUGUAACUAGCGGCAACCGUGAGCGGUACCAGGGUGCCAGCGAGUCUGGUGACACCACGACAACCCUGCGAUCAUUCUUGCCCGCAGCUAGUGAAUACCCGGUGGUGCCCGACCAGACACCUAACCUCUAGGCUCUUGUCGAGUUAACGGUCAAACUAGGUCAUUUUGCUGCAUCAAGUGUUGCCUUAUAAGUGAACUAGAAACUCGUCGUGACUUGUUUCGACACACGAACUCUUCGCCCUCGGUGCCUUGCAUGACCUCAGGGAGCGUGGAGUCUUUCCCAAGACGCGUUAUCGUGGACGUGAAAAGUAGUAGUUGCACGCGUAGAAUAGUGAGUGAAUAGUGCAGUAGUGAUGGUGCAGCGAGGAUCUGAGGUCUUACCAGGCCACAUGGUGCCUGUGAAGUGUGAGUACUCCCCGCCGCCCUACACGUUGCCGCUGCAGGAGUCAACAGACGCCCUUACUUCUGCAGGCAGUGGGGCCUCGACCUUCUCCUCACUUAUGGCCGACAUGAGUCCCCGCAGUUCCUGUGGGGGCCACGAAUCCCAAACCACCUCGGGCGACGAGGAACCGCGAGGGCGCAAGCGACGGCUGGAAGACGAGGGCGAAGAGGCGAGGCUGGCGAAGGCGAAGAAGAAAUCCCCCCAGAGCUACGAGGAGCUGCAGCAGGCGCGGGUGCUCGCCAAUGUACGCGAGCGACAACGCACCCAAAGCCUGAACGAGGCCUUCACCUCCCUCAGAAAGAUCGUCCCUACGCUGCCCUCCGACAAGCUCUCCAAGAUCCAAACGCUGAAGCUGGCUAUCCGCUAUAUAGACUUCCUGUACCAGGUCCUGGACACGGACGCGCACGACCAGCGGCUCUCCUCCUCCUGCACGUACGUCGCGCACGAGCGCCUCAGUUACGCCUUCAACGUCUGGCGCAUGGAGGGCGCAUGGGGCGGCCACCUAUAAGGAAGAAAGGGGACUCGCAGACACACCAGACCCAGUGCAGAGAGGAAUGAGUACUCAGCUUUUCGCCAGUGCGUUCUUGUUGGACAGAAAGUUUGUCUAAUAAUGAAGAUGUUCAGGAAGAAAACAUAAAAAAGGGAAAUGGAAUACUGCGGUUAAAGAAAGAGAAAAUGCGAGAAAAAGAGGAGAAAUUGAAGAGGAAAAGAAGUCAAACCUCCCCGAUGGACAUUCUAUCGCCCGUAUGAUUGUUAAGUAAACCCAGGUUAUUACCACCGAUGGUCCAUUAGGAGGUGCUGGACCGAAGUUCCGCGGAUGUGAAGGCAGAGGUUGGCUACUGUUUAGCCUAUUCCACUAUCCUUGCCUGCCUGCCUGCGUGCCUGCCUGAGCGUCCUCAUACUCCGAAGUUAUUCCUGGAAUUUGGCUGUUAUAGAAUAAGAGAUAAAGGAAUUGUCUACUACAUAAUGAAUUAGAGAACUAGAGCAAAACAAUUGACAGUGAUUAUUUACUGUCUUAGAGCUGAAGUUGGUGCUAUAAGUGAAUAUGUAUAUAAAGUUGUAUUUAUUCAGUUUGACGGUGAAUAUGUGCACAUAGUCUGUAAGGAAGUUAAACAACUCGUGAACUACGCGUCACUCCGUGAGAGGACGAGUCCAACACCCCUAGAUAUCAUGCAGUGGCCACCUGGACCGCACACAGAGUGUUGCCGCUCUGAAUAUCUUGGCUGCCAACUGCUAACACUUAAGGACGUGUUGAUAACUGGUGUAAUAUGCAAUAUUAAUUUGCAAUAUGCAGUGCAUUCACACAAAGACGGUGCCCCCUGAUUUACCUUUCCAAGUCCAAACUUUCCAACAGAGUCCGACAUGUAUCUGAAGCUUAAGUUUGUGAGCGAAUUUAACGGAAAUAUAUUUUCAUUGUCUCUUAUUUUUGGUAUAUAUCUAUCAAUAUGGUAGAUGUACGGAAAUUCUGAAAGGUCAGUGAUUUUAGUUUUACGUUAGCCGGACCAUUUGAUAAAAUAUGACAAAAAACAGGAAAACACAAUGUAUGUUUGCAAACAAAUGGGACAUUUGUGAACGUAAAAAAUGGUACAUCUAGUUGUCGUUUGAUAUAUUUUGGUUCUUUCACGUCAGGCAAAGUGUACUUAAUUAAUUAAGCUCGUAUUUAUGCAUGGGGAUUCGAGUCAUGAUGAAGUGUGAAUAGAUCUACUCCCGUGCAGGUGAUCUUCUACGGUUCAUAGUUAGACAAAGCGCUCCUCACCUCGACUCCGUGUUUGGUCUUGAAGUAUCUGCGCAUCACGCACAGAUGGAACAGCCUUUCAAUGUUUCACAUUUUGCGCAUAAUGGGACUGAAAUAACGUAUGCAAAGGUUUGUCAUGAAUGUUUGUUUUCCUUUUUAUAUGACUGAUUUAAAAUAAAACUGGUCCGGCGAUGUAAAGGUGUAGGUUGUAUAUAUACCAUAUAUUAAAUAUUUAUAUAUUAUGCAUAUAUUUCUUAUUCUAUGUGUCAACGCAUGUGUCGUCAUUUGCAUUAGGGGCAUUGAUUUUGAUUGUUUCAUGUCACCAGACUCAGGUAUAUUAUUAGUAGGCAUGUAGGCCUAUUGUCUGUAAACAUUCUUACUUCCCCAUUGAUAAUGUGUAACUUUCUAAAUGGAAUAAAGUUUAUCGUUUUCAA